CACUUUGGUUCUUCACUAUAACACCACCCUAGGAUGACUUUCUACUCGCCACCAAGACCGAUGCCAUCUCCAACGAAACUCAGAAAGCCAAGACCUGGUCAAGCUACAGAGACGGAGGUUCAGAAAGCGACCGCCCCCAGCUCUGGAUGGGUCACUACAACAAAGCCAACCCCUUCGCGUACACUGCAAUUUGCUGUCGCAUCUCUGGAUGCGGGAACCGGUCGUGUUGAGACCAACGGCGCUGUGUGGUCCAGCACAUCAGCGCGGCCUCAGACACAUGUGGAACAGUAUUGGGCCGCUCGCGCGCUGACAGCCGAGACGGUGCUAUCAGCUCACACCUCGCAUCAGCGCGAACUGUCUGAAGUGAAGCAUCGCGAGGAGGCUAGACGACAGCGGGAAAUUGAGGCCGUCGUGCACGUCAAUGAAGUUAGGCAACAUAAGCUUGAAAAGUUCGUGGCGGCGCUUGUCGCAGUUCUCGUUGGGCUGUUUUGCUUCGUGACAUAUAUGAUGUAUGCGUCUAUGAAAAUCUCAACGUCCAGAAAUAAAGGGAUGCAUUUCACGAUCCCAAUCUUGUCCCCGUUCACAUCAGUGGUGGAACAUGAAACUGGGGUCAUUGGAACACGCGCCGUGACUAUCUUUAUCCUCGUACUCGGCAUCGUGGCCUACGCCUCUAUUCGACGGUGGAUGCGGAGAACUUAGGUUUAUGGUCUCAUUGACUAUGAUAAUGAAAGGCAAGGCUGGCACGAGCAAACCCCAGAAGACCGCCGGCGGAGGGGAAACUGGAGCACGUUCUGCUGCGGAUGUGGCUGAACUGAAUACAGCAGGUAUCAGUUAUAGGACCAACGCCCGAUGUGCACGCUGGACGGGUCAUGAGAGUCCAAGCCUAUUUGUACUGCGCCUCCGCAUGACCGGAGGAAGGUACAGUAGCUGGCGGGAAUUACAUAGCACUGGCAUCGAUAGGACAGCUGGCUCGAG